CCUCCAGUGGCCUGAAGUUCAGGGGAGCCCUUGGGAAGACCUAGGCGGAGACCAACCACAAGGUGAGUGAACCAGGACCCAGAGAGGGAAAGGCAGUGGCUCAGAGCGGCAAGACGGUGUUUCUAACUGUGCCCAGGGACUGACUGGCUGAGGACCCCAUCGGAGAGCCUUGGACACGCUAACUGAACGAGAAUGGGGGAUGAGGAUUACAACACUUCCCUCGCCUACGAUGACUACCCGGACGAUUUUGACCCCAUCAUGGUCCUGGAGGAGUCUUCUACCCUGGAAGGCACGACGGCCAGGAUCUUCCUGGUGGUGGUCUACAGCAUCAUCUGCUUCCUUGGGAUCCUGGGCAAUGGGCUGGUGAUCAUCAUUGCCACCUUCAAGAUGAAGAAGACGGUGAACACGGUCUGGUUCCUCAACCUGGCCGUGGCGGACUUCCUGUUCAACGUCUUCCUCCCGAUCCACAUCACCUACGCUGCCCUGGACUACCACUGGGUCUUCGGGACGGCCAUGUGCAAGAUCAGCAACUUCCUCCUCAUCCACAACAUGUACACCAGCGUCUUCCUGCUGACCGUCAUCAGCUUUGACCGCUGCAUCUCCGUGCUCCUCCCCGUCUGGUCCCAGAACCACCGCAGCGUGCGGCUGGCCUACGUGGCCUGCAUGGUCAUCUGGGUCCUGGCUUUCUUUCUGAGCUCUCCCUCCCUGUUCUUCCGGGACACGGCCCAUGUGCACGGGAAGAUAACAUGCUUUAACAACUUCAGCCAGUCGGCGGCCGGCUCUGCCCCGUGGCCCACUCACUCCCGCCUGGACCCCGUGGGCUUCGGCCGACACACAGUGGUGACCGUCACCCGCUUCCUCUGUGGCUUCCUGGUCCCCGUGCUCGUCAUCACGGCCUGCUACUUCACCAUCGUCUGCAAGCUGCGGCGCAACCGGCUGGCCAAGACCAAGAAGCCCUUCAAGAUCAUCGUGACCAUCGUUACCACCUUCUUCCUCUGCUGGUGCCCCUACCACACCCUCCACCUGCUGGAGCUCCACCACGCUGCCGUGCCCGGCUCCGUCUUUAGCCUGGGUCUGCCCCUGGCCACUGCCAUUGCCAUUGCCAAUAGCUGCAUGAACCCCAUCCUGUAUGUCUUCAUGGGCCAGGACUUCAAGAAGUUCAAGGUGGCCUUCUUCUCCCGCCUGGUCAACGCUCUGAGCGAGGACACGGGCCACUCCUCCUACCCAAGCCACAGGAGCUUUACCAAGAUGUCAUCAAUGAACGAGAGAGAGACCAGCAUGCUUUGAGGCACAUCUGGGAACCCCGAUGGACAGACCCUCUGGCCUUGGAGGCCACAAACUCUGCCUUCUCGAGACCAUGGCAGAAACCUCCCCAGGACACACCGACACCCCCUGUAGUUUCCACGGUGUUGACUGGCAUUUUGAGCUGGGAGUCCAGGGCUUGGAACUCCUUUGUUCGAGUGGCCUGAUGGACUGGGCAAGCCAUGUCCUCUCAACCUUGGACUCUUUCCAUGAGGAUCUGGGGUCUGGGGGAGGCAGGGAGGGAGAAGAGCUCAGGCCCUCAAAGGAGGCCGACUGAAGAUACUCACCCUUGAAUUUUCCAGGGUGAUGGUGCUUUGCGGGGCCGUAGCUGUUUGGGAGACGGGAUGGUGCCAGCCCCUCGCCCCAGGCCCUGCUCGCACCUUGCCUUUGUUUCCUGGGGGCCGGGUCAUGGCAGGCAGCAUCAUCUGCAGUUUCCACCCCAUCCUGGGCCUGCCCUUCCUUCCCUGGUCCUCCGACCCCGGCUGCCGGUGCUCAGAAUAAAGCACACCAGGGCGGGGGGGCCAGGGAAGGAGGGCCUGUCCUCCUCCUCAGCGUCCUCCGAGCCUUGCCCAAGUCAGCUUCAGGAAGCAAGCUGGGGGGGUCCUGCAGGUUGAAGAGCGGGUCCAAGGUCUCAGUCACGGAACUCAGCGGAGCCGGCAGCCUGGGUCCUUGUCCUGUGCUGCUGAGAGGCAGGCGGUGGGGCGCGCCCAGGAGCAGCCCUGUUGCCGUUUCUCAAUGAGGCCUGACACCUUCCCGUGCUACAGUGUCAUUAUCCCAUUUACAAGUGACAAAGCAGAUGUCCCAUUUGGGGGUGGGGGUGGGGAGUAAUUCACAGUGACACGCAGCUAGCCAGAAGCCAAGUUAAGAGGUGAAGCCAACUCUGUCUGGCUCCAGAACCUCUGUUUUUUUUAAUGGAGGGUGUAUCUAUUGAGAAUAUUCUAGACUCUCAUGAUAGCCUACAUUUACUUAGCAUGCCCUAUGCUAGACACUGUCCAUGUGUUAUCUCAUUUACUCCCCUCCGCCCCGGCAGGCCUGAGUUAGGUAUGGUUAUUACUUCCCUUUUGCAUAUGAUGGAUAGCUGCAGCUCAGAGAGGUUAGGUAACUUGCCUAAGGGCGUCCAGUGGGUCUCUGCCAGAACCUAGAUUCAAAAACAGGUCUUUCUGGCUCAAAGAAGGCUGCAGAAUCAGGGUGUGGAGAGAGGCUUGGGGUUUUGACCGUAAAUAUCUAUUACUUGGCAGAUUCAUAUAAACCUCUUAAUAGCGCAUAACCCAGGCUUGCAAAAAGUUUUUCAAAAUGACCCAACACGGCAAAGAAAGUACACUUGGCCUCCAGUCUCCCGACACCCACCCACACGUGCCCACCGUGGUUCCCAUUUGCUGCACCCCAGGCGACCUCCAGGGAAGGUAGGGUGGGGAGAGAGGCUGGGCCGGAGGCGGUCUCCGGUGGGGCCGAGGCCCUCCGGCCUCCGAGUGUCCACAUUCUCUUGUCUUCCACGUGCCGCCGUUGUGAAGCCAAUUCCCUGACAAGAUGCAGUGAACACAUGUAAUGUCUACACAGCGUUGGGCAAGUCCCCAAGGCCAUGGGCUGUUUGGAAAUCACACCUCAUUAAGAGAGAGACUGUUCCUUCCCUCCUUGGGUCAUUGUGCUUAUGAGGAGACAGCUCGGAACUGACCCUAAGUCAGGGCGUCCAGUGGCUUCAAGAAAUCUAAACUCGGGCCAUCUGGGAGCAAAAAAAGGGAGCUUGAAGUCGUGGCCAGUGCCUUUUUUCACCUCCCACCACCGUGGCACAGGUGAAGGAGCUAAGGCACGAGACAGCUUGGGAUGUCCGGCUCCAGAGGGACAGUCCUCAGCCACUCAGCCUCUGACCCCCAGGUGCUACUUGCUCAGGCCGGGGCCCUCACUCCUCCUGGGCUGCAUGCCAUCCGGGCCGGGCCAGGGAGCCAGGAAAUCAUUUUGUCGUUGGAAAAGCUGAUGAGCAGGAGUAAAACUCAAACCAGCUGUUUCCUCCUUAGGGUCAGGCCUCUUUCUGGCUGCCCCACCAGGAGUUUCUCAUUAAAUACUGAAAUGCAACCGUGACCUCCUCCUGCAUCUUGUCCCUGCAGCUUCUUCAGAGUGUCUCCCAGGGGACAUAUACAAAGGUCCUGUGGUUCAC